CUAUGUGAGUAAAACCAAAAAUCUGCCGGAAGUCACUGUUCCACGCGAACGAAGUCGCGGGCAAAAGCUAGUUGUUCAUAAAUACUUCGGAAUAAUGUGAGUAAUUUGUAAGCUAAUCUUAAAACAGCUUCAUAAAACAUUUGUGUGAGGGUCGAACCCACCAGAAGUCUCUGGAUGAUAGCCGUCGUGGUGAAAAUCGGUCUGGAGGAUUUUAUGACGUGAUAUCCCUACCCCGUAGAGCACACAAACGGAAAGUCCAAACCACAAAAAAAAACAAGUCUCAGGUUAUUCCCAAUUUCUACCUCGGUUUCCUCAAGACGCCGUAUAAAUACUGUAGCUUCAGUAACUAGACCAUCAUUACUUACAAGACGGAGGAUCAAGAUGAGUAAAUACAUUCUGGUGUUGUGUGUACUGUCGGCGUUCCUGAUCGCUGAGGCGACAUGCCAGCGGAUCAUUCUGCCGACGUACCGGCCCCCGCCGCCGCCGAGGAGGCCGGUCAUCAUGCGAGCUCGUCGGGAACUCGAAGUCCAACCUUCAGUUCACGGAGAAGAAACUUACCCUGGCUUUGAAGAAGUCUCUGAAGUUGAGCAUCAUGGUGAGAGGGUUGAGAGGAGUAUUGUGAUACCAUGCCGAUCUCGCGAUUGCAUCAGAAGCCGUCCGCCUUUUUCACACCGCAACCCCCCACUGACCCAUCCUAGCUUCAAAGGCAGAAUCCCGAGGUCUCUCCCCUCCUUAAAGUUGCCUGGAAGAGGCUUCCGCUUCCCCACUACCAAGCGCCCUUUUAUUCCCAAGCCUGGAUUUAUCUGGAAUCCUAAGCCUGGACGCUACCCAAUCUCUGCUUAAGUUCAAAAGUACUAAACAGCAGUUUAGGAAACAGUGCCAUAUUUCUGACAGUACCUACCUAUUUUAUUUAUUUACGGAUACCUUCUUCCAAGGGCUUAUUAUGACUAUGUAAGACUAAUUGUUGCCCGCGGUCCCGCCGGCUACAAACUUAGUAGCGCGAUAGUAGGAAUACGACUAGGAACUUAAAACUUGUAUCUGUAUGUUUUUUUUAAAGUAUCAAAAAUGUAUUAUUAAUUAUAACAACUGUAUGCAAUCGUAUUAUUUGCUAGUGUAAUAUGUAUUAGUCUUAUUGUAAAUAAGGAUAAUAAAUCUAUUUAUGUACAUAACUUUGGUUUUCAUUAUGCAUUGAACAGUAAACUAUGUUCGGGAUUCGGGAGUUUACCGGCAAUAUUGAAACAAGUUAUCGCAGUUCUAUAAACCGUUGCAGUUGUCUCAUUAAAAUAAAUGCCGUUUAUCUAACAUGGAAAACAAUCCCUUUCAGUACUGUCAGAAUAAUAUCUACUGGUAAACCCUGCUCUUAUUCUAUAUGUAUUUUUCUAAAUAAGAAACGUUUGUUUUUUUGAACCCUUAAAUACCAAUACUAAAAUAUAUUAACCUCUAAGCUAGGGGUUAACUCCGAGACUGGACUAUCUUAUGUUUUGAUUUCUAAUUACAUGUUCGUAAAGUGUAGAGUGAGUAUUGCUCUACCUUCGUUUCUCCAAUACAAGGCUGAUUACGUCAACUACGUCAUUCUAUUAUAUAGUGGCAUGACGUAUCUAACUACUCACAGACUACAACAUCGUACUAUUUAACUUAUAGGUAACUUACCUAAGGUAACUAUUUACCUCCUCAUUUACACUAACAUGUUACUGUCUUAAGUAAUAACUUAAUUUACAAAAUUCUUUUUAUUCAAUUGUAUGCAGUUUUCAAAUUAUAAUAAAAUUCACAGAAGUUUUUGUUCAGGGAUCGAACCCGGUCAACCGUAACACUCUUGAACUCAACACAAGAUAUUUUUAGGAAAAUAUUGUUAUUUGAAAUCUAUAAAAGUUAUGUUUCGAAACAAAGAAUAUAGUGUUUUAAACAUAGAAGUAUAGAAUAUUUGGUACUUUUUGAAGAUAGGUUAUCUGUGGGGCAAUAAAAUAAAACACAAUAUUAAAAACAAUAAAAUAGAUUUUCAUUUAUUGUGAGACGAAAAAUACAACAAUGGGACUUAUCACCUAAAAUGGUUAGUGGCAGACUGUCGUGUCAAUAGUCAAA